UAGCGGUGGAUCCCGCUGCGGUUUGCGCAGGGUGUUGGGUGGACGGCAUGGGUUGGUCUCAGCAUCUGUUUAGUUCCUUAUGGCGAGUGCUGACAAAGGAAGUGAAGCAGCACGUGGGCACCGACCAGUUCGGGAACAAAUACUACUAUAUCCCGGAGUACAAGAACUGGAGAGGACAGACUGUUCAAGAGAGAAGAAUUGUAGAAGUAGUACAGAAAAAAGAAGUAGACUAUGAAAUAGGGGAUAUCCCAGCAGAGUGGGAAGCUUGGAUUAGAAGAAUGAGAAAGAUUCCACCCACUAUGGAGAAAAUAAAGUAUCUAGAAUCUGAAAUUGAAGAGUUUAAAGUUUUAGUUGUAGAAUGGUGUUUGGUAAUUAUAAGAACCAGUGUUUGGCUAUGGAAGUGGUUGUUCAUUUUAGGUAGAGAGACUAGUGUGGAUGAAGGCAAAGAACUGAGCAGCUAA